GAGUAAUGAAGUGUAAAUCUCUUGUUAACCUGUGCAAUCAGUCAAGUCCUGUGCAACCUGUCAAUCGACGUUAUAUUUUAUUCUUUUAGAAUUUAGAAAAGGCUCUUUGAAGCUUGCCUGGAGCUCCUCAUAGUUCAACGCAGUGUCAUUUUCAGAUUGUAGUCUACGAUUGUGAUGAACAGUGGGUGAAGUAGAGUGUAAGAGAAAUAUUGCUCCGAGUUCCGAACGGAGGUUAAGUGUGCACAGCUGAUGUGUUUAUUUGGAGCGAGUUGGAAUUGACGGAUUCAGCGCGACGAGAGGAUGUCGUACAAAGUCGGCCAGCGCGUCGAAGUGCCUGUAAAAGAAUGCCAAGGUGUGAUAGCCUACGUCGGCUUCCCGUCCUUCGCGUCGGGCAAGUGGAUCGGGGUGAUACUCGACGAGCCGAAGGGCAAGAACAACGGUACCGUCAAGGGCAAGAUGUAUUUCAAUUGCGCGGAAAAUUGUGGAAUGUUCGCUCGGCAAGGGCAACUUAUCUUGUUGGAUGAAGCUGGUAAUAGAACAGAACCUGUCAGUCCGUCAUCAGCAGGUAGCAGUGCCACAACACCUGAUGACAGUGGCCCUGCCAGGGCCAGGAGUCGUCUAAAUAGCAUUAGUACACGUCGAAGGAAUGAGCCUACAGCUGUACGGAGAAAAACAUCUCCUGCGAAUAUUAUUCGUCAGCAAACUGACAAACUUUCUGGUUCUCGAUUAUCUUUGACCGGAAGUAGAACGUUAUUAAGUGCCCCAAGCACAGAAAGCCUGUCCGGAUCACAGCAUGAACGUAGAGACGGCGGCGAGUCGUUAAUUCCAGCACCAACUUCCACUAAACGUGCUUCAUUUAUCGAGACAGGUUUUGUAGAAACACUGAAGCCGCAGUUCGUACCCGGUCAAGUGAUGGCAGGUUCGGCGGCGACUGCGAACCUGGUGGAAGAGAAAUUGUCGCACUUGCAACUUACACAAGAGAAUGAUAACUUGAAAUCUCAGGUGCACGAUCUUACUGAGAAAGUAGAAACGCUGCGUGUGAAACGAAUGCAAGACAAGGAACGGAUGAAAGACUUCGAGAAGACGAAACUUCAAAUAGAGCAACUUCUCGAAUUCAAAGCUAAAGUCAUGGAAAGCCAAGCGAGUCUUCAGAGAGAUCUUCAACGAGCUCGACAAGAAGCCCGAGAAGCUCACGUAGCGAGAGAACAAUUCCAGGAAGAAAUGGCCGAUCUUGCUGAGACUGUGGAAAUGGCUACGUUGGAUAAAGAGAUGGCGGAAGAAAAGGCCGAGACGCUUCAGAUAGAGCUGGAGCAACUUAAGGAUAAAUUGGAAGAGCAAACGUUGGACUUGGAGAUAUUACGUACAGAAAUGUCUGAGAGGGCGGCCGGCGGUGGAUCGGUAACGGGAGCUUCGAGUUAUGAGAUCAAGCAGCUGGAACAGCAGAACAGUAGGCUGCGUGAAACGCUCGUGAGGAUGCGCGAUUUAUCAGCGCACGAAAAGCACGAGUUCCAGAAAUUGCAGAAGGACAUGGAUCAGAAGAAAUCCGAGAUCUUGGAAUUGGGUCGAACGAAAGAGAAGCUGUCGGCGCGCGUCGAGGAAAUGGAGCAUCAAAUCGCGGAUCUACAAGAACAGGUCGAUGCAGCGUUGGGAGCUGAAGAAAUGGUCGAAAUGCUGGGCGAGAAAAAAAUGGCACUUGAGGAAAAGGUGGCCGAAUUGGAAGAAGCUGUCGCGGACUUGGAAGCUCUGCAGGACAUGUCCGACCAACUAGCCGAAUCAUCGAAAGAGCUUGAGCUUGAGCUGCGUGAGGAAUUGGAUCUCGCUCUCGGUACGGCGCGCGAUGCUCAACGACAUCGGGACGCCGCGCUGGAGACGCUCGCAGAUCGCGAACUUACCAUCGCGAAAUUCCGCGAGCUCACACAUCAACUACAGGAACAGUGCUUGCAGUUGCAGCAACGCGUGCAGUCGACGGAAUCUACCAAGACUAACGUUCGAGGCGCGGAUCAACAACUGGCGGAGAUACUGGACUUCCAGAAGACGUUUGCCGAGACUCGAGCGCAAACUAAGGCGGUGGAUCUCGAAUUACGUCGGUUGGACGCGGAGGAAGCGCGAAACCACGUGUGUCACUUGCUGUCCUUCAUGCCGCCUGCGUUUUUGGCUCGCGGCGGAGACCACGACGCGAUACUGAUGCUUCUGUUGAUACCGAGAAUGACGCAGAAAACAGAGAUAUUGAUCUCGCAAGUGCGAGAGAAGUACAGAUCGAUCGAGAAGAUAGACCGGGUUUCGGUAAUAAGAGGUCACUCGGUGGCGCAGUACUCGUUCAGGUCACGCCUGUGUUCACACAUGUACGCCUUGCAGACAGCAUUGAGUUGCUUCGAGUCAAUUUUGAACUCGUGCAGCCCGGAACUGUUGCUUAAAGCAGGCAAUGCUUACCCGGAGAUGGCAGCGCAAGAAAAAUCCUUGGACUCGUUAAUCGAGUUGGCCAAGAGAGAUCAGCUGGACGAGAACCUGCCGAUGGAAGCAAUUGAGAAGUGCUGUACAUAUUUCGCCACGAUGUUCUCCGUGCUUUUCGGCGAGAGCACAGCUGUCAAUCAGGCACGCCUGAUCGUCAACGGGACGAGAACUUUAGGCAGCAUAUGCGAUGCUAUUUCCACCGAAGCUGCAGCAAUCAAAACGCUGAUACAAGGAGAAAGUGGUGAUAUAGGCCUGCUUUGUCAACAUGUGGAAACGACAUGUGAGGUAAUCCAGCAGCAUCUGAAAUCAGCUAGAAGGCGAGUACCGCGCGAUCACGCUGGUCCGGCGUUUUCUGUAGGCGCCAACUUGGGACUGGAUAAAGAUUGUAACGAGCAAUUUUCAACGUCGUACCAGCACGCCGUGAAAAUCAUGAAGACGCUUCAAAAUUUAUUGAAAAGCGCUCUGCACGCCAUCACUGAGAACGGUGACCUGGACACCGGAGUGGCAGCUGACAAAUUGAAGGAAAUGGCCGCGACGUCCAGUGAGAAAGUAUAUGACACCGAAGAUUUAGGACCCGUAGCCACCAUUAAAGCUAGCUUAACGGUAAUACAACAAUUGGCCGCGAAUCUAGCGCAGAAGAUGGCCGAGUGCGAGAAUGAAUUGGCUAUAAGCGGACAGACGCAAAACCAACAACAAUCUCUGGAGGGCGAGCAGAUGACGCCAAUCUUAAUUAGAGCAAAUGCGGCAAGAAAGGAGUCGGAAGAAACUAAGAUACUCAGCAGAAAACUCGAGGCACGGGAUAGCGAUAUUCGCGAGGCGAGAUUGGCUUUGCGAGAGAAGCAAGAGGAAUUGUCUGAGAUGUCGCUGCGGAAGGAACUAGCCGAAAAGCGUUUUGUCACGCAACAGCACGAGCACGAAAUGAACGUCGAACAGCUAAAAAGAAAAUUGGAAGAGGCGCAAAAUCAAUUGAAACGCAAGGAAAAAGAAUUCGAAGAGACAAUGGACCAUCUUCAGACCGAUAUCGACAGCCUAGAGUCAGAGAAAGGACAGUUGAAGGAAAAGCUAAAGUCAAUUGGCAAGAAAACGUUGUCGACGUCUGGUGCAGACAAUAUCGCGGGCAAUACUUCGAUGACAAGCACUAUGGACAACAAAUAUUACGUGCAGGAAAUCAGCGCUCUCAGAGAGGCCUUGAACAACGAGCAUCUGCAGAAGAAGAAGUUAAUGUGCGACGCUUUACGCCAGAAACUAGAUAAUUUGGAACCGUUGUCGUCGCCGGCGAAUCUCAAGUCUCUGAAUCCGACGAUUCAGGAUUUGCGGAAGAAGACCACCGAUCUCGUUAAGGAUACUCAAAAGUCUUUAGUAUAUCCGACAGUGCCUGACUUGAGGCGCAAAAUGGGUGGAACAUCUUAUCGUUACUUAUUAGAGCGGCGGAAAAAUAUUAUGCAACUGAAAGAACGAGCCGACGAGUUGAAGGCUCAAAUGUGUCGCGAAGUCAUUAAACACACGCCUGGUGGAAGAGCGGAAGCGAAUUUCGCUGUGUACCCGAAUCGCGAGAUGGCGGCGGCUAUGAACGAACGCAAGUUGCUCGCCGCCGAGAUCAAGAUCCCUUAUAACGGUCCCGAACAAUCGUUUUCUGUUAAUGUAACCACGCAAGAACUUAGGAAAAUUCAUACUUUGCUAUACUAUUAAAGAACGAGGAAAUCCGCGUAUUGCUUGAUAUUGAUUUUUUAUGACAACAUAUGCGAAGUAAACGUCAAAGUAUAUUGUACACAAAAAAACUAACUUUUUCUAAUAGUUCCUUCAUUGAUAGCAAUAUUCUGCAGUGUUGCUGUAUUCAGUCAUGCUUUAUUAGAGAAAGAAAAGAAACGAAUCAAGCGAGUUAUACACUUAUAUAAUGUUACGGAUAUUUUUCGAAGUUAGUUCUAAGCUUUUAUAUGAAGAAUUCGUUCAUUGUGUCCUGGUUUCGACGAGUGAGGUACAGGGCAUGUUUAGUAAUUUGUAAUUUGCACUCGUGCAAUAUUUAUUUAUUUCCGACGGAGCUACAGCGCGAUGACCGGUGCAUCGCGGCUGGCAGGCUCUCCAGCGUUCUCUUGUUACGUUAUAUAAACGCAAUUGUCCAUGUAGUAUUAACAAUUCAGAAGAGAAAUCGUGUGCCUCUGCGGCUUUUCUGUAUUAUAUAUGUCCUUAAGAAUUGUCAAAUAUACGAUCUAAAAAUAUUUA